UCAAAGAUCAAUUCUUUUAAUUCUUACACACAGUGAUUGGUGUAGAGAAAUAUCAAGAUUUUUUCAGAGAUAGAUUACACUUAGUACCCAAUACGAUCAUGAAGGUUGAUUCACUCUCUUCCAUUGGCUUCGUCUUCAUCUUGGCCUUAGUGUUCAUCCCUUGUUCAGUUUCAGUACCCUUCAUAGUACUUCAUGGUAUUGGAGAUCAGUGUGCCAAUAGAGGAGUUAAACAAUUUACAGAGCGACUGAGGGACUUUUCCGGUGUGAAAGGAUAUUGCAUAGAAGUUGGGGCUGGAACAUGGGAUUCUUGGUUUGUGCCUCUUGAGGAACAGACCAGAAUUGUGUGUGAGAAGGUUAAAGAAAUGGAUGAACUCAGAGAAGGUUACAAUAUUGUUGGUCUCUCCCAGGGAAAUUUAAUAGGCAGAGGUGUUGUAGAAUUUUGCGACAAUGGACCUCCGGUUAAGAACUUUGUCUCUUUAGGAGGGCCUCAUGCGGGUAUUGCUUCUGUGCCUCUCUGCGGUUCUGGCAUAAUUUGCAUUAUUGCAAACAAGCUAAUCAAAGGGGAGAUAUAUAGUGACUAUAUCCAAGAACACUUGGCUCCCAGUGGUUAUAUUAAAUUGCCAAAUGCUAUGACUGAUUAUUUAGGGAGGUGUAGGUUUCUUCCAAAACUCAACAAUGAACUCCCUGAUGAGAGAAACUCUACUUACAAGGAAAGAUUUAGUAGCUUACAAAACCUGGUCCUUAUUAUGUUUGAGCAUGACAAUGUUUUGGUACCUAGAGAAACCUCGUGGUUUGGAUAUUACCACGAUGAUGCCUUCAACUCAAUUGUAGGUCCACAGAAGACUGAUCUGUACACUGAAGACUGGAUUGGUUUGCGAACAUUGGAUGAAUCUGGAAGGGUCAAAUACAUUAGUGUUUCAGGAGGUCAUCUUGGAAUCUCAAAAAGUGAUAUGAAGAAUCACGUAGUGCCUUACUUGGUAAGUUCAACCAGGCCAAAGAAUGGAUACAGCAAGGUUUAUGGGCUUUAGCAUGGAGUUGUGGAAAGCAAUGAGGAAAUCGUGUGAUUCUCAGUUGAUGAGAAAGCAGAUAAGCUGAACUUGUUCAGUAGAUUUGUUUUGUAUACGAAAUCAACUGAAACUAAUUGCUGAAAGGAACUAUAAAACAAAAUUAUAGCGGUCGAUGGGGCUGCAUCGUACAGAA